AUGACUCUUCUUCGUUCCAGGGUAAAAAGUGGCACCCAUCAAAAGAACAUGAAUGUUUUCAACCUUGGGACUGAAACAAUUCACCAAAUCCUAACUAUUAUCAACAUCAGUGUAGCUGCCACUGUGAAUAUCAACCCAGCUGCACCUGAAUCGUCGACUCCCAAUUCAGAAGAGACCCCUCGUUCAUCAUCCCCGUCGUCUCAUGAUCCACAAUAUCAGUCGAGAAACGAAAACGACAGAACAUCGCUGAACGGACUGAUGGGAGGAGCAACAGAAGAGAACGGUCUAGAGACAGCUUCAUCAUCAGCGUCUGGAGCAGCAGCGAUGUCGGUUGAGACUCCACAGGGUGUUGAACCAUUGACAGCCCAUGUUCCGACCUCUGUCUCUGCCCCCGGAUCACCCGCAACAAUGGAACAACUUGGGAGAUCAACGACAUCUGAUCGCCCGGAAACGUCAGCUGGAAGGAUGCUCCGAAGUCUUUUGGAGAGACAAGCGCCAGCAGCGAUGUCGGUUGAGACUCCACAGGGUGUUGAACCAUUGACAGCCCAUGUUCCGACCUCUGUCUCUGCCCCCGGAUCACCCGCAACAAUGGAACAACUUGGGAGAUCAACGACGUCUGAUCGCUCGGAAACGUCAGCUGGAAGGAUGCUCCGAAGUCUUUUGGAGAGACAAGCGCCAGCAGCGAUGUCGGUUGAGACUCCACAGGAUGUUGAACCAUUGACAGCCCAUGUUCCGACCUCUGUCUCUGCCCCCGGAUCACCCGCAACAAUGGAACAACUUGGGAGAUCAACGACGUCUGAUCGCUCGGAAACGUCAGCUGGAAGGAUGCUCCGAAGUCUUUUGGAGAGACAAGCGCCAGCAGCGAUGUCGGUUGAGACUCCACAGGAUGUUGAACCAUUGACAGCCCAUGUUCCGACCUCUGUCUCUGCCCCCGGAUCACCCGCAACAAUGGAACAACUUGGGAGAUCAACGACGUCUGAUCGCUCGGAAACGUCAGCUGGAAGGAUGCUCCGAAGUCUUUUGGAGAGACAAGCGCCAGCAGCGAUGUCGGUUGAGACUCCACAGGGUGUUGAACCAUUGACAGCCCAUGUUCCGACCUCUGUCUCUGCCCCCGGAUCACCCGCAACAAUGGAACAACUUGGGAGAUCAACGACAUCUGAUCGCCCGGAAACGUCAGCUGGAAGGAUGCUCCGAAGUCUUUUGGAGAGACAAGCGCCAGCAGCGAUGUCGGUUGAGACUCCACAGGAUGUUGAACCAUUGACAGCCCAUGUUCCGACCUCUGUCUCUGCCCCCGGAUCACCCGCAACAAUGGAACAACUUGGGAGAUCAACGACAUCUGAUCGCUCGGAAACGUCAGCUGGAAGGAUGCUCCGAAGUCUUUUGGAGAGACAAGCGCCAGCAGCGAUGUCGGUUGAGACUCCACAGGGUGUUGAACCAUUGACAGCCCAUGUUCCGACCUCUGUCUCUGCCCCCGGAUCACCCGCAACAAUGGAACAACUUGGGAGAUCAACGACAUCUGAUCGCUCGGAAACGUCAGCUGGAAGGAUGCUCCGAAGUCUUUUGGAGAGACAAGCGCCAGCAGCGAUGUCGGUUGAGACUCCACAGGGUGUUGAAUCAUUGACAGCCCAUGUUCCGACCUCUGUCUCUGCCCCCGGAUCACCCGCAACAAUGGAACAACUUGGGAGAUCAACGACAUCUGAUCGCUCGGAAACGUCAGCUGGAAGGAUGCUCCGAAGUCUUUUGGAGAGACAAGCGCCAGCAGCGAUGUCGGUUGAGACUCCACAGGGUGUUGAAUCAUUGACAGCCCAUGUUCCGACCUCUGUCUCUGCCCCCGGAUCACCCGCAACAAUGGAACAACUUGGGAGAUCAACGACAUCUGAUCGCUCGGAAACGUCAGCUGGAAGGAUGCUCCGAAGUCUUUUGGAGAGACAAGCGCCAACCGCUUCAUCAGAUGUCACGACACGAGUUUCCGAUUCGUUGAUCAUUGUCGGACCAUCUCCUGACGCCCCACCCAGAACAGAGAGAAGAAGACCGCUCGUUUCACCAAGCGAAGUACGAAGAAAGAUUCCGAGAACUGAAGAAAUCGAGGCAGAAAGCGAAGACACGGUAGAGGUCGCCACCAGCUACCUUGAUAACAUGAGCGAAUGGUCUAUUUUGAGAACUGCUCUGGAACCAGUCGAAUUCACGCUGGUAAAUGUCAAUUUGAGAAACGAAAGCGAUACUUCCUACAUUGUGGCGGAAGCUAGAAAACUCGGAGUUCACAUCGAACGGAUUUCCACCAGUCGAAUGCCCUAUGGGGAGGAUAUAUACUUCCAAAAAUUCUAUUCAUACGAUGAAAAUGCCGAAAGGAUGAGAGCAGUUGUCAACAUGGAGAAUUGGAUGGCAAAGUGGAAAAUUGAUACACUUAAGUCGACUCAGUCGCAGCCAUUCUUCUGGCAUGGGCUGAAUGCCACAAAUCUCUUGAGACUCAUCAUCUAUUGUACCAAAUUCGAAGGGAGUAGGGAACGGUAUACAACUGUCAAGGAAAAAUUGGGUUCCCAGGAGACAGUGCGAAGAACACUUGAAAGUCAACCGUUUGUCGAUGAUUUCAGAAGUCAUCUGAACGACGUGGGGCAGCAGCAGUGGAUAGAAAUUGCCACAACAUACCACAGACGAGAGGCCAGGGAAACCGGCCUGCUCCCACCAAGACAGAGACGCCGCACUCGCAGGACACCCAACAAUUUCUAG